GUGAGCAUUCCAUGUUCUGGCCGGAACAUUAGGAGUUCUAAGGUUCUGUGAAUUAUGCUGGGCCCCAGGCCUGGAAAGGGGCUGUGACUAGGGCAGGUCUUAGUCCCUGAACACGGUCUGCCUAUCCAACUCUGUACCUGGUGCCUGUCACGGUCCCACGGGCCAGGACCCGGUGGAACCCAGACCUGAGGAGCGAUGUGCUGGCUGCGGGCAUUGGGCCAAAUCCUCCUGCCAGUUUUCCUCUCCCUCUUUCUUAUCCAACUGCUUAUCAGCUUCUCAGAGAAUGGUUUUUCCCAAAUCUCCAGCUACACGGCGAAGCAGAGAACAAAAUCUGUAGAUGAUGCAUGUGCUGUAAGGAAAAAUUGUCAAAAGUGCACAGAAGAUAAUAAAUGUUUUUGGUGCAGUGCAGACAGAACUUGCAAAAAUUUUUGUUUUCCGUUUUUUGGGUGUCAACUCAGUUCUGUAUAUUGGUUAAACUGUAGAGUUGACUUCUUUGGAUUCAUGAUGCUUCUACUCAUUGUAAUAUUAACUACAGCAUUCGUUUGGACUUGCUGCAUCUAUCACCAUUACCUGCAGGAAACUCAAGUCUUUAUUGCUGGAAGACGGCGUGUAAUUUGUGUUCACCGUGGGAAUACUCCUGCAUUUGAUGAAUAGAUAACUGAGAAGAUAAAUUUUCCAGAGAGAGAAGAAGGAAGUUUCUUCAAAGGCUUCCUUCAGGAUUUUAAUCAUCCUUACAGCCUCUUUGAGAAUGAUUGAACUUCCAAAUUCCCUUAAGUUAAAAUUUUAAAUUCUGUUGAACAUUUUUGUAAAGUAUUUCAUUACUUUUACCUUAUUACUUGUGCAAUAAUUUGAGAUCACAAGGGUUGAAAAAGCUCUUGAAACAAGACUUUAUGGUUAGUUUAAAAUUUUUUUAAAGUUUUGAAUAAUCUCCUUCCUGGCUAGUUUUACAAUCUUAAUAUUCUUCUGUUUGAACAUAAAGUGGUAUAAAGAUAGAAUGUUCAAGCACCUGAUGUAUAAAUUUAUAUAUGGCAUAAGGAUUGGAAGCCACAACCUCUGAUUAUGUCUGACAUUGCUAUUUUCUUAUCAGUGUUACCAGACAAUAAAUAAAUACUCUGUCUAAUUUUGUCUACGUUUAUUAUUACCAAAAAAAUGGUCCACUAUUCAAAAUCUUCCCUACA